AUGGCCUCUUCCUCGGAAAACCCAAACCCAGAAGUAAGAAAAGACGCGGUGUGGAACCGUUGGGUCAUAUUCUCACCCGCGCGAGCCAAACGACCCUCCGACUUCAAGUCCAAAUCCCCCACCGACCCCAACCCGAACCAGCAAUGCCCCUUCUGCAUCGGCCACGAGCACGAGUGCGCACCCGAGAUCUUUCGGGUCCCGCCCCGCGACCCCGAAUGGAAAAUCCGGGUCAUCCAGAACCUCUAUCCCGCUCUCUCCCGCACCCUCCCAGAACCCCAAUACGCCCCUUCCGGUUCGCUCCUGACCGGGUUCGGGUUCCAUGAUGUGGUGAUAGAGACUCCGGUUCACUCGGUUCAGCUCUGCGAUUUGGCUCCUCCGGAAAUUGGCCGAGUUUUCCUCGCCUACACCGAGAGAAUCCAACAGCUUGCUAGCCAUGAAUCAAUUCAAUACGUGCAGGUGUUCAAAAACCAUGGUGCUUCAGCUGGUGCAUCAAUGAGUCAUUCUCACAGUCAGAUCAUGGCCCUGCCAAUUAUUCCACCUAGUGUAUCUGCCCGUCUUGCAAGUAUGAAAGAUCAUUUUGAUCAGACUGGGAAAUGUUUUAUUUGUGAAAUUCAACGUGAAAAUCUUUUGAUCGAUCCAUCUACCAACUUCUUUUCUCUGGUUCCUUUUGCUGCUACAUUUCCUUUUGAGAUAUGGAUUGUUCCUCGCUACCACUCGGCUCAUUUCCAUGAAUUGGAUGCAGAAAAGGCAGUUGAACUGGGAGGUUUGUUGAAACUAAUGCUCAGGAAGAUGGCUUUGCAGUUGAACAAUCCACCAUUCAACUAUAUGAUUCACACUAGUCCACUUCAUAGUAAUGGGUCAGAGUUAGCAUACUCUCAUUGGUUUAUACAGAUAGUACCUCAACUAAUUGGAAUUGCGGGUUUUGAGCUUGGAACUGGGUGUUACAUUAAUCCUGUGUUCCCCGAGGAUGCUGCAAAGGUUCUAAGGGAAGUGAAAGUUCCAGAGUCAGGAUAA